AAUAUGUGAUUUGAUUUCAACUUGAUACUGCAUCUCAAUCUAGGAAUUUGCCUUGUUCGGUUUUCAUGCCAUACACAUCCGAAAUUCCCCAGUCGCAAACCACUGAAUGCACUACCCCAUAGUAUAUUGAAACAUAUUAGCAUCUCAAUCACUGCUUUUAUACGCAGUCAUCAUGGCAGCACGAGCGUCGUCCAUACUGCGCCGCUCCUUACUAUAUGGUUGUCCCCAAAUCAUCAUUGUUCAAGGAUGCCUGCUAAGAUAAUUCGCAUAGUACCUGCGUCUUCUCAAAAGAUGCUCACCAAGUCCCUGGGCUUGACAACGGACAAUGUCACCUAUGAUUUGGAGGAUUCUGUAACCCCCUCUCAAAAGAGCAAUGCUCGGAAUCAAUUGAAAGACCAUUUAUCUGGCCUCAAAUUGCGCCCUUCCACCAUUUCGGAGCUUGCUGUUCGAAUAAAUGCCGUUUCCACACCAUUUGCUCUUGACGACCUCACUACGCUGGCAUCUGCGGAUCGUGUUGAUGCUGUUGUUGUGCCCAAAGUCAACUCCGCUGCCGACUUAACCUUUGUUACCGAUGUAUUGAGGCAUGUCGCUCCAGCGCGUCACGAAGAUGGCUCAGAAAAUCCUAUCAAGAUCAUAGCGCUUAUCGAAUCUGCACGAGCAGUCAUGGACCUCUCAUCCAUAUGCAAAGCCUCCCCUUUUCUUAGCGGCUUGAUAUUCGCAGCUGAGGAUUUUGCACUUGAUCUUUCGAUAACAAGAACACCGUCACUGACAGAAUUCCUCUAUGCACGAUCAGCCAUUGUCACCGCAGCUCGAUCGUAUGAGCUACCAAGUGCCAUAGAUUUGGUGUGUACCUCAUAUCGAGGUGAUGAGGGGUUGCGGACAUUGGAAGAGGAAUGUAAAGGUGGAAAAGCCAUGGGAUUCAAUGGGAAACAAUGUAUACAUCCUGGACAGCUCGAAACUGUCCAAAGAUUGUUCGCCCCCGAUAUGAAGGAUGUAGAGUGGGCUGUUCGUAUCACUAUUGCUGACGAAAAGGCAGCGGCCGCUGGGCGCGGUGCGUGGACUCUGGACGGGAAAAUGAUUGAUGCUCCAGUGGUGGGGAAGGCCCAUGCAAUAACCGCCAAAGCAGAACAUUGCGGCAUUGAUGUUCAAGAUCUAAGAGCCAGGUGGAAAGAUCAAGAGCCAGAGUAGUAAUACCCUAUGUUAACAGCGCUUGCAAAUACAUAAAACAAGGCCGUUAGACUGAAGAAUGAUCUUCGGAAGUGAUUAGCACCACAUCAUAUGAUUUGGCCG